AUGCAUGAUUUCUGCUUCACAAUCCCCUACGGGAUGCUCCUAAUCGGCGGUGGGUUCAUCGGGUACAUGAAGAAAGGAAGUAUUACGUCUUUCGCCGGAGGUGCUGGCACUGGCUUAUUACUCAUCCUCGCUGGAUAUCUAAGUCUCAAGGCUUUCGAGAAGAAGAAGACUUCCUCUAUCGCUGUUAUUCUUCAGACAGUAAUCGCAGCUGCUCUCACACUAGUCAUGGGACAGCGUUACUUCCUCACUCAAAAGAUUAUGCCCGCUGGUUUGGUUGCUGGAAUCAGUGCUCUCAUGACCUCUUUUUACGUAUACAAGAUCGCUACUGGUGGCAAUAAAAUCUCAUUAAAAGCUGCUGACAUGGUAUUCCCUAGAAUGUUUUUCCUGAUUCUGAUCUUACACAUUGUUUCAGCAAGUUCUUGGCAGACAUUGAGUGGGACACCUCCGGUUGUGAUUGCUAGAGGCGGGUUCUCUGGUGUGUUUCCAGAUUCAAGUAGUAAAGCAUCUGAGCUGUUUUCUUCAAAUUAUAAACUAUAA